AUGGCUGAGAUAGUGUCUGUAAGAAGUCCUUUAGUGGAAACAUCAAAACUAUUAACACCUAAACCUUUAACAGCAAGACCUUACACUUUCCCGUUCUUCCCAAUUUAUGCCACUUUCAUUCAUAUUUAUUUUACACAAUAUGAUAAAUACAUUAAAGGCCCCGAAUGGACAUUUGUUUACUUAGGUACUAUCAUAUCACUUAACAUGUUAAUACUUUUAAUGCCUGCAUGGAAUGUAAACAUCAAUUCCAAAUUUAACUAUAACACAGUUACAGACUUAGAUAAGGCCACCCACGUUUUGAUAAAGACUACUCCAAAUAAUGGUAGUGAUGACAUUGUUCCCAUUCAAAGGAUUGUAGAAGAAGGUCAUUUACAAACUUUUUUCUCGUUCCAAAAGAAAAGAUUCUUAUUAAAUGAAGAUGAAAAAAUCUUCUCUACUCCCAAAUUUACAAUCGAUGAAAACCCAAGAGUUGGUGAUUUCCAAAAUUGUAAUGGCCAUUCUGGAGAUUUAAUUCAUUUAAGAAGAUUAUAUGGUGAAAAUACGUUUGAUAUCCCAAUUCCAAGUUUUAUUGAAUUAUUUAAAGAGCAUGCUGUUGCACCUUUAUUUGUCUUCCAAAUCUUUUGUGUUGCACUAUGGCUUUUGGAUGAAGCUUGGUAUUACUCUUUAUUUAAUUUAUUAAUGAUCGUCUCUAUGGAAGCUGCUGCCGUAUUCCAACGUGUUAGCACUUUAAAAGAAUUCAGAACUAUGGGGGUUAAACCAUAUCCAAUUAAUGUUUUCAGAGAUGAUAAAUGGGUGACAUUACAAACAAGUGAAUUAUUACCAAUGGACGUCGUCUCUAUUACAAGAACUACAGAGGAUAGUGCAAUUCCAUGUGAUCUGAUAUUAAUGGAUGGUUCUUGUAUCGUCAAUGAAGCUAUGCUUUCUGGUGAAUCUACACCUCUAUUAAAAGAAUCUAUAAAACUACGUCCCUCUGAGGAUAAAUUGCAAGUCGAUACUAUCGAUAAAAUCUCUGUUUUACAUGGUGGUACUAAAGCUUUACAAGUAACUCCUCCAGAAUCUUCAUACCAUGGUAUUCCAGUACCACCAGAUCAAGGUGCUUUAGCUAUUGUCACCAAGACAGGUUUUGAGACUUCUCAAGGUACUUUGGUUCGUGUCAUGAUUUAUUCAGCUGAACGUGUUUCUGUCGAUAAUAAAGAAGCAUUAAUGUUCAUCUUAUUCUUAUUAGGGUUUGCCAUUGUUGCAUCUAGAUAUGUCUGGGUUGAAGGUACUAAGAUGGGUAGAAUUCAAUCUAAAUUAAUCUUAGAUUGUAUCUUAAUUAUAACCUCUGUUGUUCCACCUGAAUUGCCAAUGGAGCUAACCAUGGCUGUUAACACUUCCUUAGCUGCUUUGUCAAAAUUCUAUGUUUAUUGCACAGAACCAUUUAGAAUUCCAUUGGCGGGUAGAAUCGACGUUUGUUGCUUUGAUAAGACCGGUACUUUAACUGGUGAAGAUUUGGUAUUUGAAGGAUUGGCUGGUAUUUCUGAAAAAAGUAGUGAUAUCCGUCACUUGUAUAGCGCCUCUGAGGCACCAGAGACUACUUCUUUAGUAAUUGGUGCGGCUCAUGCUUUAGUCAAAUUAGAUAACGGUGAAAUUGUUGGUGAUCCAAUGGAAAAAGCUACAUUAAAAGCUCUUGGUUGGAAGGUCGAUUUUAAAAACGUUACGAUUAGUGAUAAAUUAGGCAAGUUGCACAUAGAAAGAAGAUUUCCCUUCUCUUCUGCUUUGAAAAGAUCAUCUUCAAUUGCCACUUAUAAUGGUAGUCUUUUCGCCGCUGUUAAGGGUGCCCCGGAAACUAUCCGUGAAAGAUUAACUGCUGUACCAUCCAAUUAUGAUGACAUUUACAAGUCCUUCACUAGGUCUGGUUCUAGAGUCUUGGCUUUAGCUUCUAAAAGUUUACCUAAGUUGACUCAUACCCAAAUCGAUGACUUACCUCGUGAUGAUGUUGAAACUGAAUUAGAAUUCAAUGGUUUCUUAAUCUUCCACUGCCCAUUGAAGGAAGAUGCUAUUGAGACAAUUAAGAUGUUGAAUGAAUCUGCUCAUCGUUGUGUUAUGAUUACUGGAGACAAUCCUUUAACAGCUGUUCAUGUUGCUAAAGAGGUUGGUAUUGCAGACAAUAAGACUUUGAUUCUUGAUAGUGCCAGUGAAUUGGACAGUCGACUAUUAUUCCGUAAUAUAGAAGAAACAGUCACUAUCCCAUUUGAUGUUAAUGAUGAUAAAUUUGAUUUCGAUAAUAUCUUUAACCGUUACGAUAUUGCUAUUACUGGCCAUGCAUUAAAUGCUCUUCAAGGACACAAUCAAUUGGACAAGAUUAUUAGUCAUACCUGGGUUUAUGCUCGUGUUUCGCCUUCUCAAAAAGAAUUCAUUUUAAACACCUUAAAAGAUCUUGGUUACAAGACUUUAAUGUGUGGUGAUGGUACAAAUGAUGUUGGUGCUUUAAAACAAGCUCACGUUGGUGUUGCUUUGUUAAAUGGUACGGAGGAAGGUUUAAAGAAGGUCACUGAGCAACGUAGACUAGAGUCACUAAAGAACACUUAUGAAAAACAAGUACAAUUUUUACAAAAAUGGAAUCAACCAGCUCCUCCUGUACCACAACCCAUUGCUCAUCUAUAUCCUCCAGGUCCGCUAAAUCCACAUUAUUUAAAAACUUUAGAAGCCAGAGGUACCCCUAUUACUGCCGAAUUAAGAAAAGCAGUUGAAGAAGCCAAUUCCAAACCGAUCGAUAAGACAAUCAUUAAUUCAAAUACAGUUCAAGAAAAGCCUACUGGGAAAGACGUUGCAUCUUUAUUGAUGAGUGUUGGUGAAAUGGGAGAUAGUGAUGAUGCCCCAACCUUAAAAUUAGGUGAUGCUUCAUGCGCUGCUCCUUUCACUUCUAAAUUAGCUAAUGUAUCUGCUGUUACUAACAUUAUUCGUCAAGGUCGCUGUGCUUUAAUCAACACUAUUCAAAUGUAUAAAAUUCUUGCAUUAAAUUGUUUGAUUAGUGCAUACUCUUUAUCUAUAAUUUAUAUGGCUGGUGUUAAAUUUGGUGAUGGUCAAGCAACUGUGUCUGGUAUCUUAUUAUCUGUAUGUUUCCUAAGUAUUUCCCGUGGUAAACCACUACAAAAACUGUCUAAACAAAGACCACAAAAAGGUAUUUUCAAUGUUUACAUUAUGGGCUCUAUCUUAAGUCAAUUCGCCGUACAUAUUUUAAUCAUGGUUUAUAUCACUAAAGAGAUAUACUUAAUAGAACCAAGAGAACCUCAAAUUGAUUUGGAAAAGAAAUUUGCACCAUCUUUACUAAAUACAGGUAUGUUUAUCAUACAAUUAGUUCAACAAGUGUCCACUUUUGCAGUCAAUUACCAAGGUGAACCAUUUAGAGAGAAUAUUACAAAUAAUAAGGGCAUGUACUACGGGUUAUUAGGUGUUGCAUCAUUAGCAGUGGCAAGCUCUACAGAAUUUAUCCCUGAAUUAAAUGAAGCCAUGAGAUUCGUUCCAAUGACAGAUGAUUUCAAAUUUAAAUUAACGUUAUGUUUAGCGUUAGAUUUCUUUGGUUGUUGGGGUGUUGAACAAUUCUUCAAAUAUUUCUUCAUGGACGACAAACCAAGUAAUAUCAGUAUUCACAAAGUGAAGGUCCAAGAAUAA